GCUCAUAUGACCUUAUGCAGUUGCGAGCUCCGCAAAACCCUCUACUAUAAAAAAAUAAUUUAAAAAACUACUCCCACAGAUAUCUUCGUGAUCUGAAAAAUCAUGACAUGAUGUCUUUGAGUAGUGUUGGCAGUCUCAAACAGCUUACACAAAUGUCUUGGUGUCAAUAUCAGUGGUGUCGCAAUCUGAUUUGUCAGAAGCGAUGGUCUUCUUCUUCACCUCGGUUCAACUCUGUCAAUAUUCAAAUGCUCACAGAGAGUUUGCACCAACAGAUCUUCAAAACAAGUAGUAAAAUUAGUAAAAAUGAGUUAGGUAAAGGAGACUUAGAGAAGGUCCAUAGUCAUCUGAAAAAACAUGGCCUAUCAUCAUCUGGAUUUUCAUCCACUCUUCCGGAAGUGAAUCUCAGAUUGCCAGACCUACAUGGUCAGAAUAUGAAUGAGCAUUUUGAACACAUUGCGAGACAACAGGCAGCCCCCUACAGGACACUGGUCGAAGAACUUGCUGGUGCCUCUCUACCUCCCAUGCCACGUGAAUGGAACAGAUGUAGAGGCUGGACAAAGUACAACAAAGAUGGGACGUUUGAGAGUGUACCUUUCCCUGAUGACCAUGGUCUUGUUUUUGACAUUGAGUGUCUAGUGCCAGAGGGUCAGUUCCCCACCAUGGCGACGGCUGUUUCAUCAAAACACUGGUACUCAUGGGUUAGUGACUUCGUCUUAGAAGAUACUUUUCGAUGGGCAGACUCCCCACAGCUGAAAGAUCUGAUACCCUUGGAGACAAAAGAUGGAAGCAUUGUCCCGCCCCUGAAGGAGUGGUCGUCUCGUCUGAUCAUCGGUCACAAUGUUGGGUUUGACAGAUCUUUUGUAAAGGAGCAGUACCUAGUUGAGGGUACUCAGCUACGGUUUUUGGACACAAUGUCAAUGCAUAUUGCGAUCUGUGGCCAAACAAGUUUUCAAAGACUUCUUCAUCGAGCAAGUGGAAAAGAAAGCAGCAGGAAGGAAGUGGUUGAGCAUGCUCAGCGGCAAAAACUCUUUAAGAUGGCUUCGAGUGACGAGUGGAAGAAGAUAAGCAGUAUGAACAACCUGAGAGAUGUGCACCAACUGCAUUGUGGUGGGGAGGCCAUUGAGAAAAGCAAGCGGGACGUCUUCAUGGAUGGCACCAUGAUGGAUGUCAGAGAACAGUUCCAGGACUUGAUGACGUACUGUGCUAAUGAUGUGAAGGCAACCCAUGAGGUCUUUGCAAGUCUCUGGCCACAGUUCAAAGAAAGAUUCCCCCAUCCUGUGACCCUUGCAGGAAUGCUGGAAAUGGGAACUGCUUAUCUCCCUGUGCUGGACACAUGGCCAAGAUACAUCCAAAGCGCCAACAACACCUUUGAUGAGAUGGAGAGAGAGCUCAAGAAGCUCCUUAUGACCCUGGCUGAUGAUGCCUGCAGGUUGCUUCAAAAUGACGAGUAUAAGAACGACCCUUGGUUGUGGGAUCUAGAUUGGACAGUAUCAGAUUAUCGUCUUAAAAAAACAGCAGGGAAAUCCUUGGAAAUGGAAGAUCCUUUUGACUCAGUUGAUCACGAUGCUGAUGUUUAUCCCGAUUACUUGAGAGUGACAGAGGGUGACCAUGUGGCAGAAGAACACAGAAAAACAGUGAGACAAGUGUACUCAUCUGCAUCAAGAAUACCCAAAAACCCGACAUUUAUGCCAGGCUACCCUGCAUGGUAUAAAGACUUGUGCCCGAGGCCGAAUGAUGAAGAUUUUUAUCCGGGCCCUUCAAACAUCAGCAGUCAGUGCCGCGUUGCUCCAAAACUGAUGCGCCUCACUUGGGAAGGAUUCCCGGUACAUUACCACACCAAACACGGAUGGGGCUACCUUGUGCCAUAUCAUGAGGAGCUGACUGAGGUAGAAAUGGAACUACGAGAGCAAGACACAAGUCCAGAAGAUGAGCACAGAUUUCCUCUGCAAGCCUUUCUUUCGUUUGUGAAAGAAAACAAUCCAUUGGAUUAUGGGUCUUUGUCGGGUGCUGAUGGACUCAUGGGGUCACCAGAAGCUAUGAAGCAUUUGGAUGUAGACUUUGAUCAGAAGGCCAUGGAUACAGAUGAAAAAAUACUGCAUUGGGAGACAGCUUUGAGCAAGAAACCAAGGAAAAUCCCAGAUCAUGUUGGGGUUGGCCCUUUCAACAUUGACAUUCCUGGUGUGAGGUUCUACAAAAUACCUCAUAAGAAUGGAGGCCACAAUAAAGUUGGCAACCCGCUGGCUCGAGAUUACCUGCUGCGCGCGAAGGACGGGACUCUGAAAGCCAGCACUGGAGCUCAUGCCAACAGGGCUUUACUUCUGGGCCGCAUGUGCUCCUACUGGAAGAAUAACCAAAAAAGAAUCAUGGGCCAAAUGCAUGUGUGGUUGCAGAAGCAAGAGCUUGGCAGGACUUUGAAAAGCCAUCCGGACUACAAGUCAGACGGUUUGUAUGGUGCCAUUGUACCUCGUAUUGUCACAGCGGGAACCAUCACAAGACGAGCUGUGGAGCCAACGUGGCUGACUGCCAGCAAUGCUUAUACUGACAGGAUUGGCAGUGAACUGAAGUCUAUGAUCCAAGCUCCCCCUGGUCACUGUUUUGUUGGAGCUGAUGUUGACUCACAAGAACUGUGGAUUGCAGCUGUUCUUGGAGAUGCAUAUUUUAUGAAAGAACAUGGAUGCACAGCUUUGGGCUGGAUGACGCUUCAAGGGAACAAGGCAGACAAAACAGAUUUGCAUAGUAAGACUGCGGAGAUUGUCAGCAUCAGCAGAGAUCAUGCAAAGGUGAUGAACUAUGGUAGAAUAUAUGGAGCUGGACAAACUUUUGCGGAGCGUCUGCUGAUGCAGUUUAACCCACAAUUGAGUUCUCAAGAGGCUAAGAGGAAAUCUGGCAAGAUGUACAAACAGACGAAGGGCCAAAGAAAUGCCCAAGGACAGUGGAUUGGUGGAUCGGAGAGCUACAUGUUUAACGCCCUGGAGUCUGUGGCAAACUCGGAGCAACCUUUGACCCCUGUGCUGGGCUGUCGGAUCAGCAAAGCUCUCGAGCCCCAGUUUGUGCUGGAUGAUUUUUUGACAUCCAGAGUGAACUGGGUGGUGCAGAGUUCGGCUGUGGAUUACCUGCAUUUGAUGCUGGUGUGCAUGCGGUGGCUUCUCUCCUCCUACAACAUCAAGGGCCGCUUUUGUGUAAGCAUUCACGAUGAGGUGCGCUACCUGGUGACCAGUUCGGACAAAUACCGCGCUGCCCUGGCGCUUCAGAUAACCAACCUCCUCACCCGCUCUAUGUUUGCUCACAAGCUUGGCAUGGAGGAUCUGCCUCAGUCGGUGGCUUUCUUCAGUGCUGUUGACAUUGAUUCCUGCCUCAGGAAAGAAGUGACCAUGGACUGUGUGACCCCGUCAAAUCCCCAUGGUCUUCACAAAGGCUACAGGAUCCAGCCAGGGGAGGCUCUUGACAUAUACAGCAUACUGCAGAAGACCAAUGGGAAACUCUGAUCUGAUGGUGUCAUACGGAUAGUUUGCUUGUUCAUCUACUUUCACAUUUAUUUUUGGCUAUUAUUCCCCCCCCUUCCUCCCUUGUGUUGACAAAGUCAGCUACCUUUCAAUAAAUAAAAAGAAAACUUACAUGACAAAA